GCGAGUCCCGGCAGCACCUCCUGCCUUUUCCCUCCGAGACCCUAAAGUGAAGAAGCCCCGCCUCGAGCGGACCGUCUCGUCGCCUCCCGCUCGACAAGAGCCCCCCUGGAGGAGGCGAGCGCCCCUCGCCACUUGCCAGCUGCCCGCGGAGGCUCCACAAACCCGCCCUCGGCUCCCCUCACGCCCUGGGCACCUGCUACCAGCCCUUCCCGCUUCUUCACCCGCGGAACCAUUGACAAUUCCCACCCCCGCCGCCGGCGCCUCAGUUCCGAAGUCCCAUUCAUAGGCUGGCUUUCCCGAGGCGCGCGCGCGUCGCCGGCCCCGGCAGCAGCCCCACGCCCACCUCCCCUCGGCUUUCGCCAGCGCUGGAUGCUUCGCUCGGCGGCGGCGGCCAGGCUGCCCUCCUAAACGCCUUCGCCGGGGCUGAGACGUAGGAGACGACCGCCGCCUCUUCCUCGCGUUCCUCCUCCUCCUUCUGAGGCGCGAACAAAGGGAUUUGGCCGGCGCACGAGGCAAGGGCGGCGAGGGGCUCCGUCCGGAUGCGGUGAGCGCGAGGGGCCGCUCGAGCGAGGCCGGCCGGCCGGCGUCUCGCCCACUUGCCUUCCACCAUGGGCUGCUGCUCGGGGCGCUGCACGCUGAUCUUCCUCUGCACGCUGCAGCUGGUAGCUGCCCUGGAGAGACAAAUCUUUGACUUUCUUGGCUUCCAGUGGGCUCCUAUCCUUGGUAAUUUCCUGCACAUAAUAGUUGUCAUUUUGGGUUUGUUUGGAACCAUACAAUACAGACCUCGGUAUAUAGUUGUGUACUCGGUAUGGACUGCUAUCUGGGUCACAUGGAAUGUUUUCAUUAUCUGCUUCUAUUUGGAAGUAGGUGGGCUUUCUAAGGAAACUGAUCUCAUGACUUUUAACAUCUCAAUGCACCGAUCCUGGUGGCGAGAACAUGGACCAGGCUGCAUACGAAGAGUGGUGCGUCCUUCAGCUCCUGGGAUGUUAGAUGAUUUUUCCUAUGUCUCUGUGACAGGCUGCAUCAUUGACUUCCAAUACCUAGAGGUCAUUCACAGCGCCAUCCAAAUAUUACUCUCUUUGAUUGGCUUUGUUUAUGCCUGUUACGUGAUCAGCAUUUUCAUGGAGGAAGAGGACAGCUGUAAGUACUGAAUACACACCUACCCAUCACUGGAGCCACAAUGCUGGGGUCGAAAUAAGUAAUGAGCACUGAUGGAGCUGUCCAUUACUUUUAGCAACAUUUUGCUGAGGAAUCAACCUGUUCAAAGGGAGCACCAGCCUUGCAAGACCGUCUUACAGAAGAGACGCAACAUGCAUUUAACCUGGACUGUGGAUUCCUCUACCAACGUGGGACUGAAUAGAUCAGCCACAGACUCAUUUUUCUUAUCAUUGUUGUUAGGUGGAUUCCUGUUAGAUUAUCUUGACUUUUCUUUUAAUUAUUCACUUUUAUGGACACUUGUAAAUUGUAACUUUUUUUCUUUUUAAAUAAUUUUUAAAAAACAAAUAUCUAAUGUUUAAGGCAUGAAAUAAUUGAAUGUGUGUGAGGUGAGGGGAGUUCCCCCCCCCCAGAAUUCAGCCAGUAUUUUUGGACUAAUGCGACCAUACUGUACCUGCAUGUGCUAGUCGUUAUUUCACACACAGAGACAGACAGACAGACAGACAGACACACACACACACACACACACACACACACACUUUCCUCAAAAAGCACCAGGUUGUGGGGCAGUAGCGGCGGGGAGCUACAACUGGGACACAACAUUGCGCUCUGCACUUACAGUGGGACACUUUGCCAUGGGAAGCCACGGUUAAUAGUUUGCCAUGAACGAGGAGAUCACUCCUGCUUUGCUCCACCCCCAGCACAAGCAAAAGCAACAAACCACAAUCCUACACUUAGGCACUUCCAGGCCACCUGUUUAUUGACCAUUCAUCCUGACUUGUUUGCGGGGAGUGCUGACAACUGUUUAAUGAGCAUUCUCUCUUAUUUGCUUGCAGGGAGGUUAGAUGGUAUUGACACAAAUAAAGUAUUAUCCCACACUUUCCAGUGCGUUUCUCUGCCACUUUUCUUAUCACAAAAAGUCCAAAGGGGGGGUGAAUAUGUUGCACAAGAUCUACAGAUAAGCUAUAAUUGCCCAACCUGAAUUUGCUGGUUGAAUCCAUCUGAAAAUAGUGGCCAUGUGGAAGCCCAAAACACGGGGGGUGGUCAGUUUCUCUCUGAGUAGAAAGUGUUCUGAAACCAAUGUUUGUUCUUGGCUUCCUGUUAGUGGCUUGCUUCUUUGAAAGAAACCAUGUUCAUAUGUUAAGGAUUGUGGUUUGUUGCUCCCACUUGCAAAGGAGCAAUCUUCAUGUUCAUGGUAAGCCAUAAGCCAUGAGCCAUAAGCUUACCAUGACAGGCCAAUGAGGACACUUCAAAUCCCAUGAUCAACCUACUGUGUAUGUAGGAAUUCUAUGCUGCAAUUAUUUCCCAUUGAUUGUAAUGAUCACCCUUGUUAUCUUAAUAUCGUAAGAGCCCAGGUCUGUGUGUGCUUACUCAGAUGGAAGCCCCACUGAGUUCAAUGGUGCUUUCUCCCAAGUAAGUAAGAAAGUAUGCAUAAGCAUUUAUAACCUAAUUUGCAUAUGGCUUCUUUGCCCAGGUUGCCCCCUUCCAUACAUGCAUUAACUGUUGUUCUUGAUGAUCAGUAGAGAAAUGAAUGGAAACACUGUUUCAUUCUCCAGAAAUUCAGGGCAGAUGACUGUAAUUUGCACACAUGGUCUUUUCAUUUUUCUCCUAAGAAGGAGCCAAAUAUGAAUUUAUACUACACUGGGGUAAAGAGCCAAGAGGUGGCACCAACUACAGCCUUAUGAUCCUCUGAGGGUCCAUGAUGCCCUUAACUUAAAAGCUGACCAGAAGGCAUUAAUUAUGAAAAUAUGUAUAAAAAUUUGUAAAGUUACCUGUAAAUACCGUUAGAAUAUGAAUAUGCAUCAAUGUGGUAUUUUCGGUUUUUUAAUUUAGUUUCCAAUGGUAUAAAAAGUGACGCACACAA